AUGAUUUAAUCAAUAUUUAUGUGGUUUACAGGGAAUCAGAGGAUGGAGAAAGGGUUUGUGAAAGAUGGUCUUUUUGCACCAGUAACACCUGGCAAGCAAUUGUCGAAUUCUGUGUUGAUCAAUGGGAGGAAGGAGGCUAAUUUCGAUGGAGAGUCUGAGAAUAGUGGCUUUCAGUUCUUUGUGGAUUUAGGGGAUCUUAGUAAAAGCGAUAGUAUCAGUAUCAACAUUCCGUUUCCAGCCAUGCAGAACGAUGAUGCAUCACAUCAAGUGGAAAAAAUGAAUGGGGACGACUUGGCUUUUUCAACUCUGGAGACGAACAUGAGUGGUAAUGCUCAAAUUAAUGUGAAUGACUUGGCUUCUUCAACUCGAGAGGCGAACAUGAGUGAAAAUGCUCAAAUUAAUGAAGAUGGUUGGGCUUUUUCAACUCCAGAGACGAAUAAUGUGAAUUACGAUACUCAAUUUAAUGGGGAUGGCUUGGCUUAUUCAACUCCGAAGGUGAAUAAUGUGAAUUACAAUACUCAAUUUAACGGGGAUGGCUUGGCUUCUGCAACUCCGAAGGUGAAUAAUGUGAAUUACAAUACUCAAUUUAAUGGGGAUGGCUUGGCUUCUUCAACUCCGAAGAUGAAUAAUGUGAAUAACUAUGAUACUCAGUUUAACGGGGAUGGCUUGGCUUCUUCCACUCCAGAGGCGAAUAAUGUGAAUUAUAAUACUCAGUUUAAUGGGGAUGGCUUGGCUGCUUCGACUCCAGAAAAACAGCAAAGUUCCAAAAAGAGGCUUAACAAGGCCACUGAUAUCAAUACAAAGACUCCGCAAAAACCAAGAAGACACAGACCGAAGAUUCUAGAUGAAAGAAAAAAGAUGAAAGUAGCUAAAGCUCAAGUCCCAGGUUUCCAACCGAAAACUCCUUUGAAACGUUCUACUCCUAAGCCACACACAAAGAAGAGCCAUGUCAAAAAGAACAGCUCUAAACCUGUUGAUUCACCGGAUGAUUUUGUACAACGACAUGUGCCUACACAAUCAUGCAAACGAUCUUUAAAUUCUGUGUUUGAUAGAGAGGCAGAAGCAGAAAAUAUUUGUGAUCUUUCUGAUCAUGGUGAUGCUCAGUUUCUCAACUUGAAUAGAGAAGAGGAAAAGCGGUUUGCCAAACAGUAUCAACGACGAAGAAAGAAAAGAAUUAGUAUCAAUAGCUUGAAUGUGGCGAAGCCUGUGAUUGGUGCAAAUGCAGAUCAUGUGACCCCGGAGUCUAAUGUCUCAGAUGCAGACCCGCAGUCCAGUCAGGGAACUGCACACUCGAGUCAGGUAGCGUGUGAGAUGGAUCAUUCACCAAGUGAAAUGAAGGAAUGUGAAACAAGCCUGCCAUCAUCUUCAGUAGUAUGGAGGAGAAAGAGGACAGCCGGAUGCACUAGAAGGCGCAUAUAUGCUUCUCAACCGAUGAAAUUUAAAUGCAGUAGGUCACCAUUAGUCAAUCUUCUGGAACACCUGACUGGAAAGAAACCGCGGCCUAGAGGUAGGCCUGCAAACAAGAAAAAGGAUACAAAGAGGAGACAGCGUAAAGUGAAACCAUCUUCUGAACACCGAAUGUUGAAGAUGAUUCAAGAUCAUCUACCACAAGACUGCCUUAUUGCACUGAAGGGUCCUAAAGAGCAAAGUUUGCUUGAUUUCAUUGGUGCUAAGAUGGGAACUCUUAGCAUUAAUCAGGAAAAUGGCCAACGAAGUGUGGAGAGCAUUAAUCAGGAAUAUCAGGAAUAUGACCAACUUGUGGUGGAAGAUCGAAGUGUGGAUAGAAUUAAUCAGGAAAAUGGCCAACUCGUGGUGGCACAUCCAAGUGUGGAUGCACUAGUUGUGUACCAAGGAAAAUUUGAUCCUCGCAAGAAAAGUAAAAAAUCGCCAGCCAAAAUUGUUCUUGAUAAAGAGUCGGAGAGAGCUUGGACUAUGCUUAUGGCUAAAGCUGGAAGUACUACCUUUGAUGAACAAGAUCCAGAUAAGGAAUACUGGGACAGGGAGAGAAAAGCAAUGAUAGAGCGAGUAGAAUCUAUAGUGUCUAUACUUAGAGAAUUCCAAGGUAACAGACGUUUCUCAAAAUGGAAGGGUUCAGUACUGGAUUCUAUCAUAGGAGCUUUUCUGACUCAAAAUGUCUCAGACCACCUGUCAAGCUCUGCUUAUAUGUAUUUAGCAGCAAAACACCCUCUCCGAGAUUCAAAGGGAAGUAGCAGAAAUCAUGAAAGUAAAUGUGAUCGGCCUUUGCUUGAUUUAUUCCCGCAAGAAGAUGGUGGAGCAGAAAGAUUUGUACAUAGAAGUGCUUCCCAGGAGAUCGAGCAGAGUCCAUCAACAAGUGAAAAUGGAAGUCCUGAAAGUUGUGUCAGUAGUACGUCCGCAGCUAGUGAAACUGAAAUUUCUGUUCCAUUAAAAGGUACCCCGACGAAGGGGAAAAGUGCAGCUAAGAAUAAGAAAGAAAAGGAUAUUGAUUGGGAUAGUCUGAGGAGAACCUAUAGUACUCAUAGGGAGAGAAAUGAUGAAAAUAUGGAUAGCAUGGAUUAUCAAUCUGUUAAGGACGCGCCAGUUGAUGAUGUUGCGCAGAGCAUUAAAAUACGAGGAAUGCAAAAUGUACUUGCUGGGAAAAUUAAGAGAUGUCUUGAUCGUACAGUCCAGUUGCACGGGGAUAUGGACCUUGAAUGGUUGAGAGAUGUUCCGCCAAAAGAUGCAAAAGAAUACUUGUUGGGCAUAUAUGGUAUAGGCUUAAAAAGCGUGGAAUGCAUACGGCUUUUGACACUUCAUCAUAUUGCAUUUCCAGUUGAUGUAAAUGUUGGUCGAGUUGCAGUCAGACUAGGAUGGGUGCCUUUGCAGCCACUGCCAGGAGGACUACAGAUGCAUCUUUUAGAAGAGUAUCCGAUCAUAGAUACGGUCCAGAAGUACCUGUAUCCUCGUUUGUGCACCCUCAAUCACGAGACACUGUACGAAUUGCAUUAUCAUUUGAUAACAUUUGGGAAGCUUUUUUGCACCAAACAAAAUCCGCGAUGUGAAGGAUGCCCGCUGAAAAGCCAGUGCAAGCAUUAUGCAAGUUUAUCUGCGAGCAAAAGGUAUGCAUUGCCUGCACCUGAGAAAAAGAAGGAUUCAACAGCUAAAAAUGGUGUUGGGAGAACGACAGAUAGAAAUUCACAUACGGAAGCUGAGCCAGUUGUUGAGUUGCCAGCUAGUCCGGAGCAUCAAAUGGAAGAAAUUGAGCUUGAAGAUAUUGAAGAUUUAUGCCGGGAUCACAAUGUUGCUCUUCCUGAUCUUAAUGAUUACCCUGCAGAUUCGGAUGAUGACAUACUUUCCAUUAGACUUGAUGAUGAAGCAUAUGAUGAUCAGCAUGAAGCUGAGAAUUCAACUCAAGUAGGAGACAUGUCACAAGCAUUGGCUAUUCCUUCUGGACCUUCAGCAACACAAAUACCCAAUUUCAGGGACCGUCUAAAAAGUGUUCAUCAAGUGUAUGUGCUUCCGGAUUCACAUCCAAUUUUGGUACAAUUACGAGUGGAUGUAAGGGAUCCGGAUGAUCCAUCUCCGUAUCUUUUUGCACCCUGGACAAUCCAGGAAGACGGUUCAGCAACCAGAAGUCCAUUCCCUCGAGGUUCUGGUUCUUUAGAAGUUUGUCGUGAUAUUGUAUGUUGCUCUACAUUGAGUAAUAAUGAGGAGCAUGAUUUUUCAACCACUAUUAGCGGAACACUGAUGAUUCCUAUCCGCACAGCAAAUAAAGGAAGGUUUCCGCUUAAUGGAACAUACUUUCAAGUUAACGAGGUAUUUGCUGAUGUUGAAUCUACUAAUGUGCCGAUUAUUGUUCCCAAACAUUGGUUAUAUGGUCUUGAAAGACGCAUUUUGUACUGUGGAGCAUCCGUAUCCUCAACUUUUAGAGAUAUACCUAUGGACCAUAUGCACUACGCCUUUACUCAAGGAUUUUAUUGUAGCCGAGGAUUCAACAGAAAGACAAGGUAUACUACUGAUCUGCAUCAACAGUUCCACAUCAAGACCAGCAUGCAAGUGAAGAAGACCAAGGGUAAAAAAUCAGAAGGAAACGGAAGAUAAAACAGUUAUGUGGUGGUCGUAUCCAGUACACAAGGCUCUGGAGUUAGUAAGAUUUCGCAAGAUCUGCAACCUUGUAGUUAUUCUUAAUCCAGUGAUACAUAACUGAACCUGUCAUUUGCUUUUUCGAAUUUUCAAUUUGUAACCAUAACAGCAGCAACACAAACCCUUGGCUCCUUGUAUCAUCACAAAUCGAUUCUGGAUUGCAUCUUGGAGGUUAAUUAUAAUCAAUUCAUUGAUCUUCGUGAUCAAUGAAGAUUAUU